GUUGACACUUACACGCGUGGUCGGAUAAAGCUCUGUUUGAACACAAUCGGCUUUUUGGCCGGAUGGUUGCCUUAUGCAAUAUUUUCGCUGUGGACAAUGUUCAACGACGUAUCCAAAAUGUCUUCAACAGUGGCCAUCUUAGCACCACUGUUCGCCAAGUCAGCAAGCGUAUGGAAUCCGCUGAUUUAUGCUGUCAGGAAUAGAGAGGUGCGCCAAGCUAUGUUGCUGUUUCUAAAGCGGUGCUGUAAAAUAAGAUCGACGGCGUCCGCUAAAGAUCAUCACAUAGAAAAUGCCUUUGGAAACAUGUGUGAACAGACAAACAGGAAGACAGAUCGGCAAACGGUGGGCAGCCAGGCUUGCGAAGUGGGGAAGGGCAGGCUGGCCGGAAGGGAGACAGACAUACAGGCAUACUCGCAUCCACACAUUCUCACAAACAGACACUCAGGAAGUUGUACGGACUUUGUUACGAAAUUAUUAAUCGACCUAUAG